CAUACGUUGGCUCACUCACACUCACACCGAUACGCACACGCUCACACCCCUCUCAGACACAUGCACUCCUACACAUUGUCUGACAUACCUGUGAAGAUCAGGGGGGUGGCAGCGUGCUGGAGGUGUUUGGUUUUCCUGGCAUUAGCCAGUGAAGGGGCUCCGCGUGUGUUUGGGGGAGAAAGCAGGUCUGAGUGCCUUUCCUCUUCCUGAUUUCCUGGAAUGCUAAAUCUGGACUGAUGGACAUUUCAGAACUUUGCAUCCCUGAUCCUCUCAACUAUCAUAACCAGAAGUCGUUAUCCCACACUUUAGGCCGAUUACUCAGCCCUUUGGCCUCUCUGGACCCCUCUCAUUUCUGGCUGCUGAACAGAAUGGCCGCUGAUGAGAGGCACCUGCCCUCUAGCUGUGGUUCCUACAUUAAAACCGAGCCCUCCAGUCCUUCCUCCCUCAUAGACACAGUAAGUCACCACAGCCCAAGUGGCAACUCGGACGCCAGUGGUGGUUAUGGCAGUGGCCUGACCAGCCACCCCAAUGGCCUGGACUCCCCCCCUAUGUUCACGUCAACUGGCCUGGGCCCCAACGGAGCCUGCCGCAAACGCUACGAUGACUGCUCCAGCACCAUCAUGGAGGACUCAUCCAUCAAGUGCGAGUACAUGCUCAACUCCAUCCCAAAGCGCCUCUGCCUGGUGUGCGGUGACAUCGCCUCGGGGUACCACUAUGGUGUGGCCUCCUGCGAGGCUUGCAAAGCCUUCUUUAAAAGAACGAUACAAGGUAACAUAGAGUAUAGCUGUCCUGCCACUAAUGAGUGUGAGAUCACAAAACGAAGACGCAAAUCGUGUCAGGCCUGCCGCUUCAUGAAGUGUCUUAAAGUUGGCAUGUUGAAGGAAGGUGUCCGUCUGGAUAGGGUGAGAGGGGGUCGACAGAAGUACAAGAGAAGGUUAGAUGCGGAGAGCAGUGCCUAUUUGGGCCUCACAGUCCCUCCCCCUGCAAAGAAACCAUUGACAAAGAUUGUGUCCCACCUUCUGGUGGCAGAGCCAGAGAAGAUCUAUGCCAUGCCAGACCCCACCAUGCCAGAGAGUGACAUCAAAGCUCUUACUACCCUUUGUGAUCUAGCCGACCGUGAACUGGUGGUCAUCAUUGGUUGGGCCAAACACAUCCCAGGCUUUUCCAGUCUGUCCCUGGGGGAUCAGAUGAGCCUGCUGCAGAGUGCCUGGAUGGAGAUUCUCAUCCUGAGCAUCGUGUUCCGCUCGCUGCCCUACGAGGAUGAGCUGGUGUAUGCAGAGGACUAUGUGAUGGACGAGGAGCACUCACGGCUGACAGGCCUGCUGGACCUCUACGUCUCCAUCCUGCAGUUGGUGCGCAAGUACAAGAAGCUCAAGGUGGAGAAGGAAGAGUUUGUCACCCUCAAGGCCAUCGCUCUUGCCAACUCAGACUCUAUGCACAUAGAAGAUAUGGAAGCAGUACAGAAGCUCCAGGACGCGCUCCAUGAGGCCCUGCAGGACUUUGAGAGCGGCCAGCACCCAGAGGACCCUCGGCGGGCUGGGAAGCUGCUCAUGACCCUUCCUCUGUUGCGGCAGACUGCCACCAAGGCAGUACAGCAUUUCUAUAGCAUCAAAGUGCAAGGCAAAGUGCCCAUGCACAAACUCUUCUUGGAGAUGCUGGAGGCCAAAGUCUGAUAGAGGUGGUCGUAUGAGGGCAACGGCAACAGUGGCAUUGUUGGGGCAGCAGGGAUCAGAAGGCACACGUGAACUAAGGGGGGCAUGGGAGAGACAGGGACGCACGCCACUGAGAGACAAGCUGGAUGUGGAUGUGGAGAUCUGAGGCGUCCUCUUCAUCCACCCCCUUCAUCUCCCAUUCUCUCUCUUUGACUCCGUUUCUGUCCUUUCAACCUGAGACAUUUUAAAGAAGAGGUAAAAAAAGAAAUAACUUGCAAAAACUGCUAAAUACGAUGAAAAUGGGUCCCAACUAUAAAUAUAAAAAUGGAGAAUCUAAAAUAUAUAACAAAUCCUAAGUUCUUGUACAGUAAUGAUCUUUGUUGUUGUUUUGCUUUUCUUCAUGGUCUCUGCUUACCUGUGUAUGACAGCAAAUCACUCUUUCUCUCUUACUCUCUAUACUCAGAGUGGCGGUCACAUCCUCAGUCAUGUGAUCAAACAGGUUUUAAGUGUGUGUGUGUUCUUUCUCAAAUGGAAAACCAAACUCUGUGUGUAAUUCUAAAAAGGAAGAGGAAAAAAGCUAGCUAAGUGUACAAAUGAGCCUCUCUUUUUUUGCUCUCUGCUAUGAUACAUGUUUGGAAGCUUUGAAAACUUUGUAAAUAUUAAUUCCCAUGAAGUCUGAGCAUAAAUCGUUGGAAAGGAGUGAAUAUGGCCAUUUCAUUUCCAUUUUCUUCUAACAAUCAAGUACAUAAAUGUAAAAAAAGACCUAAAUAUCAGAUUUUGUUAUCUGAUCACCUCUGCUCUGAUAUACCUCUGCAGUGCCGUGAACCUAGUGUAGCGCGCAGCACACUGGAAAUGACAUGUUAACUAAACUAGCAUAGCAAUUUAGUCCUUGUCUCUAUUUCAUAGUAUCUAGCAAUAAAGAGAUGUGUGGGCCAGCUAUGAACUCAUUGCCCAGUCUCGACUUGUGUUCUAUAAUGCUGAGAUGAAAACCGAUCUGUGACAUCUACUUCAGUUUCUAAGGCCCCGUGGCAACGUGACAACAUAGUCACCAGGUGCGUUAUACAUCUCCUUUCACUGUCAUUGUCUUUUUCUCCCCCUCUUGUUGUUGUUGAUGAUGAUGAUGUUGUUGUUGAUGUUAUCUUCUACCAUGGUUGGUCAUGGUUAAAGGUUGAGUCUGCGAUUCUAAUCCAAUAUGCUUUUUGUCAAAUUCAGCGAAUUGCUUCUCACAGUCCCCUAGCUGUCCGCUCUGUGUGCGUCCCAACAGAAGAAACAAAAACACUGGCUCUGCAAAUGGGAACCAAAGUGGCUCGGACCAAGUACACUAUUUUAGCCAAUCAGCACUUUGCUUCAUGAGCACAGAAGGAAAGGGUGUCAUUUGAUUGGCUGUUGAGCUCAAUAUCAACAAUCUUUCGCCAGAAUUCGGGGACUGUACCUUUAAGGAAGUGUGUUAGGCACUGGGGACAAGUUGUAUGUGGAUAGCCUUAGGAAAAAAAGAGAAGGUUUGUCAAAUGAGAUAACAGGGAUAUGAAAGAAAUUAGGUAAAUUGUAUGGCGGAGAAGAAAGGCGAGAGAUGAUAGAAGAAGAACAGUGUAGCAAAAAAUGUGCUAUUUUUGGUCACUCUAAGCCUUGGGUAGAGCCCACUCAAAUAGAGAGCAAGGUGUCCAGCAUCUGCUUGCCCCAUUUUUAGAAGCAACCCAGCCUUUUUAUAGUGCUGCCUCUGUUCUAUAGAUGCAGCCAAGUCAAGGUGUGAGGCAGGUGCAUGCUGGGGCAUAUUUUGAGCUUCUAGGAUGUGAUGCUGGCCAGAGGGGGCAGUGGGCACGUGCGGUGGAAGGGACGACCCCUGUGUCUACACAACAGGCUUGUCAUUUGCCAAAGUGGGUACUAUGAUGACAAGUAGACCUGAAGCUAAGUAAUGACUUUUCCCCCUCCCACUAAGGUUGUUAGUGUGACAGCUAAAAACAGCUGACAUUACCCUCCAAAUGGCAUUGGCAAGUCUCACACAGCAGCAUUCCAAGCGGUGUGGUGCAGUAUGACCUAUGGGAGGUGUGAUGGGAAAUGUAGUACUGUGCUAUAAAUUUGUAAUUGCUUUAAUUUGCCAUUUCAAGAACAUUAGAAAGAGCGGCUGGAGUAUAAUUACAUGUAUUACUGAUGUCAUGUGAAUUCAUGGGAAUUGUAAAUUGUGGCAGUGUCGUGAUUUAAUACUGUGACACCACUGACAUUGUCACAAAACUGAAAGACAGUGCAAUGAUUGGUGUGUUUGGUCUGGGAAACUUCUUAUGCCCUCAUUGGCUACUUAAAACCAUCCAAACUUGAGGUGGCCACAGUCCUGGCUGAGAGUUCUACCGCACUUUACCCAGCAGAUGUGGGGCCACUGGGACCAGUUCUGACUCUGAGUUUUGGUCAGUGAAGAAAAUGAACAUUACGGCAGCAUAGCGCCUGUGUACUCAUGUAUGGUAAUCUUAACCUCUGACGUCUGCAUAUCAUGCUUGAAUUAACAACAGCAACUGCCCCCUCUAAACACAUUGUGUCUGUGAAAUUGUUUUAGGCUAGUGAUUCUAUUUUUUUCUGAAAACCAUUUUGGCCCUUAGUAUGGCUAUCAGUGGACCCAUUACACAACAUGUUGAAAACAAAGUAUAGUGUCCUGCAAACUACCUCAUCUCUCAUCCUAAUAGUCACGACUCACUUUUUGUGUCAAUAUCAGUUAACCUUUGUCUGAGCCACUACUGUGAUGUAGCAGAUCUAUAAAUAGCUGCUGUCUGUUAAGUAGUUUUGAUGGAAUUUGGCAGUAGCAAUCAAGAACUUAAAAAAUGGUGGACGUGACCAUGGUAUGAUAUCAUGAUAUCAUACAAUGUUUGUAUACAUGCACACCCUACCCUCUAAACUACCCUUCAAAAGUUUGGAAACACCCAGACAAGUUGGUGAAAUAUCAGCAUAGUUCAUUUUUAGCUGACAUGUAUUAAUGUAACUUAACAUGAUUGAUACCAAGACCAGCAAUACUAUUUUUCUUUUGAUUACAUAAUGAUGGUAUUAUACCAUUCAAAUCAUACUUGCAACUUAUGGAAGCUAUGAGUCCUGACACCUAGACUGGGCCAAGGUUUUGAACAGAAACUGAGGUUAGCACACCUUAAUAUUUGACUGGAUGAUUGCCAAUUAAGAGUAGUCUUACCAGACAACUUCUUUAACAGCUUUAAAUCGAACCAUGACACUCUGUGGUGAUAAUUUGAGUAUUUAAGGGAUGAAAGCUAUGAGAAAUAUAGCCAAAAAAGCUUUUGGCUCCAGGAUACAAUUUGACAUUCAACAUUGUUGGUGAUAAGAUGUUAUGUUAUUGUAUAACACCUACUGUGGUGGAGCGUGCUGCAUGGUUGUCCGGGGAUCAUUUGGAGCAGGGAGAGUAUAUAGUGUCCAGGGAAUACUGAACCAGUGCGGAUACCACAGGAUUGGACAGUGACACGCUAUUCCCUCGGGUUAGUGCUGUAUUGCUCCUAGUUUCCUUUCUCAACAUAAUAAAUUCCCAAAACAUAGUUCUAAGCUUUACAAAUCAUAUCCGUUCAGGAAACAGUCAGCUGAGGUGGUGUCUAUCAUGGAAUGGUGAGCCCUGUCAUGUGAUCUUAACCUGACCCUGCUGCUCCAGAAGACACUGGGCUGUGUCAGCAGCGUCCAACCAAUGGGAAUCAUGUUUGGGAAGACUUUGAAGAGACUUGGAGUAAUAUAUCAAGGGAAUAUGAAAUAGUCUAUCUGGAGUAUGCAAAGCUGUGAUAGCUAUUAAUGUUUUUGUUGAAUCCACAGUUGAAGAAUUUUCUUUGGCUAUUUCCUUUAUUUAAUAAAAUAUGUCUUCUUAGUUUGUGUUGUCACUUACUGAUGCAAAGUGAAAUAAGCUAAAUCUGUGAAGUGUUUCCAAACCUUUGGAGGGCAGUGUAUAUAGCAAAGAGUGUGUGUGUAUAUAUAUAUAUUUAUAUACACACACUUUGCUCACACAGCAUAUUGUCAGAAUUGGUCCCAUGGUGUAGAGAGGGAUUUUGUUUCUGUCCUGUAUAAAUAUUUAUUGUGUGUAUUAUAUCAUUUUUGCCACACUGUACAAUAAUAUCUCUGACUGUUCAUUUACCAAAUGUGUCAUUUUUUCAGUUUUGAUGUCAAGAAAUGAAAAAGGAACAAAGAAAAUAUUUACUCCUAAA